UCAGAAGCGCCCCGCCCCCCUUAAAAAAACCAGUGGAAAAUUCCAGUUACUCUCUCGCUUACCUAUAUUAGCGGUUCAACCAGCGGUCGAGACAGAAGUACCGAUCAGUCGCUCGGAACAAUCAUUAAAGAACUAUUGUGAAAUAACUUCUUUGGACUCUACUCAUUCACUUCACCGAAGAACACCUGAAUCUACAUCACCUGAUUUUUGCGAUUUCUUUUUUUUUCACCACAUCUUCUGUUGUCACUUGUUUCAAAGCCAUCAUGUCUCAGCAGCAGAUCAGCCUCCCAGCCAAGCUCAUUAAUGGCGGCAUUGCUGGCAUUGUUGGGGUUACUUGUGUCUUCCCCAUUGACUUGGCAAAGACCAGGUUGCAGAAUCAGAGACGAGGUCAGCAGGUCUACAAGAGCAUGAUGGACUGCCUUGUCAAGACAGUUCGAUCAGAGGGAUACUUUGGAAUGUACAGAGGUGCUGCUGUAAAUCUGACCUUGGUUACCCCUGAGAAGGCAAUCAAGCUGGCUGCUAAUGACUUCUUCCGCCAUCACCUUGCCAAGGAUGGAAAGGGGCUGACAGUGUUCAAAGAGAUGCUGGCAGGCUGUGGUGCAGGCAUGUGCCAGGUCAUUGUUACCACCCCCAUGGAAAUGCUCAAGAUACAACUGCAGGAUGCCGGCAGACUUGCGGCCCAACAGCAAAAACCAGUCAUGAUGACUCCCACAAAGCUCGUGGCCACUAAUGCUGUGCUCAGCCGCUCCUACAAUUCUGGCACGGUCAUCUCUGCACCAAGAGCUGUGUCAGCUACACAGAUCGCCAAAGAACUCUUCCAUACGCAGGGGAUCCAGGGUCUUUACAAAGGUCUGGGGGCCACACUGAUGAGAGAUGUCCCCUUUUCUAUCGUUUACUUUCCAUUGUUUGCUAAUCUGAACCGCCUGGGCAAACCCAGUCCUGAGGAGUCUUCACCCUUCUAUUGGGCCUUCCUCUCAGGCUGUGCUGCAGGAUCCACUGCUGCGGUGACUGUUAACCCCUGCGAUGUGGUGAAGACCAGACUGCAGUCAUUGAACAAAGGGGCUAGUGAGGAGACUUACAGAGGAGUCGUGGAUUGUGUAAGUAAAAUAAUGCAGAAAGAAGGGCCCUCUGCAUUUCUGAAAGGUGCCGGCUGCCGGGCUCUGGUCAUCGCACCUCUGUUUGGAAUUGCACAGGUCAUGUACUUUGUUGGUGUUGGUGAAUACAUCCUGGACAACUCACCUUUGCGCCUCUUGGCAGCAUAAGACUGUAUCAUCUUGCUGACUAGCUAUGCAUCAGACCUGGUGGAACACCCGCCGGCUACAUGCUAUCACUUUACAGCAAGAAGGGGGGAAAAAGUACAAAUGUAAAGACCUAGGAGUUCAUCAUCUUUACAGUUGGACCAUGGUGUUGCACUUAAACCCUUUUGUUACUUGUUCUGUAGGCUGAAGCCAGUUUUUGCACUUGAAGCUGUUAGCCUUACUGGAUUGGGGACUCUUUUGUCCCUAAACAUUUGUCUUGUUUCCCUCUGUGAGGGCUGGAAGCUCACUCCUAGAUGACAGACUGAUUUGUUUUUCCUCCAUCAUGACGUUAUUUAAAAUGGCUAAAUAUGGGUUUGUAGUAUUUUCUAUGUUUUUAUUUCUUUGCUGUCUCCAAGCCUUCGACCGGGGAAAAAAAAGUUAAGUGAUUCCCAUGGCCCAGUUUACACAAUUGAUUGGAAAGGAUUUUUUUUUUUUUGUAAAUUCUUUUGUGUUAAUGUUUACUCUCAUCAUGAACCUUCUUAUUGAAAUGGGACCACACAGUUUACCAAACCAUAAACUGUGUCCUGCACUUGACAUUAGCCCUACAGUUGUUAGUGCUCUGUGAACUACUGUCUGUCAUAUCUGCAAAAACUUGAUGCAAUCAUACACAUUUUGUGUCUGUCCACUUGACCACACUUGAAAUGUUACUGAAAAGGUCCUUUGCGAUUUAUGCCUUAACAGAGCAGUUUGAAAUUUAUUUUUGAUUCUGCAAGGCAAGACUGACCGAAAAUAAGCAUUACUUAGUUACUGUGAGCAUGGUUUUUUUUGUUGUUUUUUUUUUUUUAAACAAAACAAAACUGCUACAUAUACGAUGUUUGCAAUGGCUUUUUGUACCUAUGUAUAUAAAUAAAAACUUGAAGUAUGUACUCUGCUCAAUGACUAAAUA